AAUGCAUUUUUUUUUCUCGUCUACUUCAAGCUUGCAUUACUCCGCAUCUCCGUCGCCAUCAUCCGCGAACAAUCACGACCAUUUUUGACGCAUUGUUGACAACAGAGGUGAAGAGCGAUUCUGCACACUGGGUUCUGGGUUUGUGAGGCUGGAAGAAGGAGCGUUGAGCGUGUGAUGGAAGCGAUGUAGAGUUGUUGGGGUGUUGAGCAGUGGGAAGAUGGCGGACCUAGCCAAGGAGGUGUCGACGAUUGGGGGCAUAGCAACAGUUUCAGUCCUGCAUUCCUUCAUCCCUACCCAUUGGCUUCCUUUUUCGGUUGUGGGUCGCGCGCAGAAGUGGAGCAUAUCUCGCACUCUUCUUGUCACUGCAUUUGGUGCCGUGUGCCAUGUCUUGUCCACUUCAGUACUGGGAAUUGGCGCAAUUUAUAUGGCAAAUACUAUUGCUGGAGAAGAAACUGUCCACCUGAUUGCUUCAGUGAUCCUCGUUGUCCUAGGAGCGACGUACAUCCUCUUGCAUUUCUCUGGAAAGGGUGGCCACGGAUCCCAUAACCAUUCAAUGGAAAAAAUGGCAGUCGCUGGACUUAUUCUACUGCCAGCACUCUCACCCUGUGCGACUACGUUGCCCGUGUUCCUUGCUGUGGCCAACGGGUCGAACGCCACUCUGGCUCUGGCCAUCGGCGUUCUGUUAGUGAGCACGUUGACAGUGAUGCUAACUUUGGUCACUCUCUCUUUCUAUGGCGCCGCCCAGCUGAAGUUUCGCUCUAUAGAACGCAAUGACAAGUUGCUAGUGGGCACUGUGUUAUGUGCAGUGGGCAUCCUCACAUACUUCUUCCAUGACCACGACCACGAAGGUCAUGGCGCCGUGGGAAACGUGGAGGAAUUGCACAAAUUAAGUGCGCAUGUACAUCAUCACUAAGUGAUUAAUUUCUUUAGAUUGGAUUGAAAUUCGUUGCUUCUUUGGUUUCAUGCUAUUGCCUAGUGGAGUGUGAUGGAGAUGUUCUCCUUAUUGUUCGUUCUUGUGAUAUGUUGAUUUGAUAAGGAGUUCAGCGAUUAGUUUUAAAGGGGAGAUUUGAACUUUCGAUGUUGGCACGAGACUGAGAUGUGUAAACAUUCAAAGCUUAAAGGCCCCUUUAGAGUAUGAGUUGUACAGGCCAUGUGAACGAUUAUAGUAUACUUGGGAUGUAAAUAAAGUGAAUCAAUGACACCAUUCUCAAUCA